GUCAGAUUGAAUGGCCUGUGCGCAUGUGCGAAGGUGUCCAAACUGACAAUGCUGGUGAGAUGAAGAUAGUGUUGUUGCUGCUUCUGGGCUCACGGAGGACGACGAAAGGAAUCUACAAGCCGACAAGAUGAGAUCCAAGGCGAGGGCGAGAAAACUGGCCAAAAAUGACAGUGAGCCAGUGGACAGCAUGUACGACACAGAGAGUGACCUCGCGGGUUUAGCGGCCAGCAGUGGAGGCGGUGCCGACAGCCCAGAAGAUGAUGCAGAAGAUGGCGUCAUCAACAUGUCCCCGCUGCCCUCUCCCACUCCCUCCCAUCCAAACAGCAACCACCACCACCUGCUGCACCCCCACAUGUUUGCCACCCACCACCACCAUCACCACAACAACAACAGCAACAGCAGCAGCAAUGACCAGGACUUUACCACGCCCAAGGAGGGCUCGCCGUACGAGGCACCCGUCUACAUUCCUGACGACAUUCCCAUUCCCAGCGACCUGGAGCUGCGGGAGUCCUCUGUGCCUGGUGCGGGCCUGGGCGUAUGGGCCAAGUCCUGCAUUCAUGCCGGUGAGCGGUUUGGUCUGCACAACUCUCUGCACCAUGGGGCCACAGGCAAAGACAGCUCCUUUGGAUGGGAGCAGAUGAUGAAUGACGAUGAAGAAGCCUCCCCUGACAGCUGCGUCAAAAAGGUGGUGGACGACAUGGGAAACGUCAAGUUUGCACUGGACACAGGCCCGGACGCCAUCAGCAACAGCUGGCUCAAAUACGUCCGCUGUGCCCCUUCAUUUGAGGAGCAGAACCUCAGCGCCUGUCACCUCACUGGAGACCAGAUUUAUUAUAAAGCUGUGCGGGACAUUGAAGCAGGGGAGGAGCUUUUAGUGUAUAUGAAGGACGGCAUUUUCCCCGAGGGAUCCAUGGCACCAAACCUACAAGACGAGCAGAUGUACCGCUGUGAAGACUGCGAUGAGCUCUUCUCCUCAACACUUGACCUACGGCGGCACCAGAAGUAUUCAUGCACCAGCGCGGGCUCCAUCUUUGACUCACUGAGAGAGGAUUUCAAACAGGAGCGCGAGGACAGCGACGAGCCCGUCCACGAGUGUAAAGACUGUGAGAAGAUCUUCCCAAAUGAGUACAGUCUGGGCCAACAUAUGAUAGUCCAUACAGAAGAGAGAGAAUACAAGUGUGACCAGUGUCCGAAAGCCUUUAACUGGAAGUCCAACCUCAUCCGUCACCAGAUGUCACAUGAUAGUGGAAAGCGCUUUGAGUGUGAAAACUGUGAUAAGGUACAGCAUACCCGGCACGUGUUCACAGAUCCCAGCAACCUUCAGCGCCACAUCCGCUCGCAGCACGUGGGGGCACGUGCACACACGUGUCCUGAGUGUGGCAAGACAUUUGCCACCUCGUCAGGCCUCAAGCAGCAUAAGCACAUCCACAGCAGUGUCAAACCCUUUAUCUGCCCUGAUGGGCUGCGUCUUUUUGUUCCCCCAGGCGAGGUGUGCCACAAGUCCUACACCCAGUUCUCCAACCUCUGCCGCCACAAGCGCAUGCAUGCUGACUGCCGCACCCAGAUCAAGUGUAAGGACUGUGGGCAAUUGUUCAGCACUACCUCCUCCCUUAACAAGCACCGCCGCUUCUGUGAGGGCAAAAAUCAUUAUGGGUCUCCUGGAGGGAUGUUCAACCCUGGCAUCCCCAUGAGCUCCAGCCCAAUCCUGGCAAAGGCAAAGUCCCAUCACCCUCACCUUCCAGGUCUAAACCAGUCAGGUUUGGGAUUCGCUGACUACUUUCCCUCCCGACCUCACCAUCACACUGGCUUACCCUUCUCCCCAGGACCCCAUGGCUUCCCAUCCCUCCCACAUGGUUUCCCAGGUAUCUUUCCACCAUCACUGUAUCCGCGACCACCUUUAUUGCCGGCUAGUCCAUUGAUAAAGAGCCCAUUGGGAAGCAGCAGUCAAGAGGUGAAGCUGCCUCGGAGUCCCCUAGAUGCACCUCUAAUGUCAAUGGCUAGCUCAACAAACAGCAAUGGAGGUAAUAGUAUGAGUCAGGGAGAAGAGAAGGAGAAAGAGAACAAACUGGAUUUGUCAUCUAUAGGAGAAGUCAAGCCAAAAUCUAAGAUGGUAGACAUGUCUGACGGUAGUGACCUUGAAGACGUUAACACCACAAGUGGGACAGAUUUGGACACCACCACUGGUACUGCUUCAGGUGAUGGUUCUGACCUAGAGAGCGAUGGCGACAGUGAACGCGAGAGAAGUGGUAAAAGACGAAAACCAUCUGGAGCCAUAUUAAGUCAAGAAGGCCACCAGUUAGAAGACACAACUAGUGCUUUGAUAUCAGCUGUGUCUAGUUCUGGAAACAUCGCAAUUGAUCGUCCAUUCUUCUCUUCAGCACCAUCCCAACACUCCUUCUUCCCUCCCCCUGAUGAGCAAGCCCUCCCUCCCUCCACUACAAAUGCUAACAUAGUCACGACAGAUUCUAUCAAAGCCAUUGCUUCUAUUGCUGAGAAAUAUUUCGGUCCAGGUUUGAUUGGUCUUCAUCAGGAGAAGAAGAUGGGUCCAUUGCCCUACAAUUCCAUGUUUCCUUUCCAGUUCCUACCUAACUUCCAUAACUCCCUCUAUCCCUUCACCGCCGAUCGAGGUGCCCUCAACCCUAGUAUGUUCUUUAAGGCAGAGCCCAAGUCCCCUCACGAGCAUCUUCACAAGAUAGUUUCUGGGGCUUUAGGCACUCCUGUCUCCACAGCGGAGUCACCAUUUGAUCUCACCACAAAAUCCAAGGAGACCAAGUCAUCUCUUCCCACCCCACCAAACCCCUCACACCCCAACAGUAGCACUGGGAGCAGUAGUGGACCUUUAGCAAAAUCAAGUGGUGAGGAGCAACCUUUGGACCUCAGCAUUGGCAGUCGGAGCCGAGGUGGUCAUAAUGGCGUGGCAGGUGAGCCACAAAAUCGAAAGAACCACAUGUAUGGAGUCGGGAAGGGGGCCUUCAUCAAGGAUGAAACCCCAGCUGGUUUCCCACACCCCCAGUCCCAGUCAUUGCACCAUUCCUCCAUGCAGCACCAGCAGUCCCAGGCACAGCCGCAUCAGCAACAUCAACCAUCACCCCUACACUAUGCCAAGCCCUCAGCAUUCUUCAUGGACCCCAUAUACAGCAGGGUGGAAAAGAGGAAGCUACUUGACCCCGUUGGAGCUCUGAAAGAAAAGUUCCUCAGGCCGUCACCGCCACUCUUCCAUCCACAGAUGUCAGCCAUGGAGACGAUGACAGAGAAACUGGAGAGCUUUGGCGCAUUAAAACUUGAUGCACCGCCCAAUUCACUGCAACAUUCAUCUCAUCCACUGUUCAACUUCCGCUCGCCACCACCUUCUCUCUCAGACGCCAUCCUCCGCAAGGGCAAGGAGCGCUACGCCUGCAGGUACUGUGGGAAAAUAUUCCCUCGUUCAGCAAACCUCACCAGGCACUUGCGGACACACACAGGGGAGCAACCCUACAGGUGUAAAUACUGUGACCGCUCGUUCAGCAUCUCAUCCAAUCUCCAACGUCACGUCCGCAACAUCCAUAACAAGGAGAAACCCUUCAAGUGUCACCUGUGCAACCGCUGCUUUGGUCAGCAAACCAACCUUGACCGCCAUCUCAAAAAGCAUGAGCACGAAAACAUUCCUGUGAGCCAACAGUCCGGGAUGCUUUCCAACCUAGGAACCACGAUCUCCUCGCCAAACUCGGAGCCAGACAAUCAUGCACUUUUAGACGAGAAGGAGGACUCGUACUUCUCAGAAAUCCGCAACUUUAUUUCCAACAGUGAGAUGAACCAGGCCUCCAGCUCCAUGGAUAAGAGGUCAGAUCAGGCUGAGGAAGAACGUCCACCAAACCACAGUUUGUCUAACUCCAAGCUCGGGCUCCAGGUGCUGGAGGAAGAGGAAGAGGAAGUGGAGGGUGACGAUGAGGAGGAGGAGGAAGGCAGUCUGACAGAGAAGUCUCACGACGAGGCGCCCGAGUCCCCGUCUCCUGUCACAACAGGAGUGUACGAAGAGGAGGAGGAAGAAGAAGAGAUGGAGACGGCUCCGUUGGCUAUGAGCUACGAACACACGCGCAGGUGUUUAGAGGAGGAGGGCUCUCUCUUGGACCUGGAGGGUCUGCCCAGCUUCCCCAAGAGCCUGGACGGGCUACGUAAAGCAGCCAGUGAGGAGCAACCCUUUGAUGUGAAAGACAUAUUUAACACUUCACUAGAGUCGGAGGCAUUGAAAGAGACAUUGUACAGGCAGGCUAAAACCCAGGCUUAUGCAAUGAUGCUGUCUCUCUCGGAGAACAACCCUUUGCACGCGCCCUCCCAGAACUCUCUGGACGCUUGGCUGAGCAUGGGAGGUGGACCGUCCGAGACAAGCAGCUAUCACCCACUCAACCACAUCUAGACGAGGAAGAGAAGAGGUGGGAACAAGAGUAGGUGGGACAAAAGUUUCGUAAAAUGGACAGAAACAAGAUUGAGUGGACAUGAGUAGCGAGAAGACACGGAGUCCCCGGAGAAUUCAAUGUCCCACACAGUCAAGAGGGGAAGAGUGUGUAAGUGUGCGUGCGUGUGUGUGUGUAUGUGCGUGCGUGUGUGUAAGAGAGAAAAAGAUAGAGGCUAUCCCGAGGUGAUGGGUCUCCCAAGAAUCCGUCAAAGCGAAAGCACUGCUAAGCUCCUGUCGAUGUGAAGGACAUGACGACUGCUUCUCAACCUCAUUGAAACUCUGCAUCACUCUGAUCCUCCCCAAGUCCACAAGGCUCACUCCACUCCACAGAGGCCCAGCGUGAGGCUCUUUUAAAGACACUUAAUGACUAGUAUGUCUCUAAAGUCUGUGCACACCACCUUCUACAAGCACUGCAGCAUCAGCACUGCAUCAGCACUGCUUGUCCACAGGGUGGUGCUGUUUCGCCGGGAACAUAGUGAGCGCGUGCACUACUGUCUCCAGGUUUCCCCCACCAAUCAUGGGCAACACAUUUACUGAUCUCGUUUCAGUUGUAAGUGCAGAAUUAACAACAGCACCACACUAAAUGUUACUUGAGCAAAUGACAGUUCCAUUAGACUGUUUUGAUUUUUUUUUUUUUUUUUUUUUCUAAAUGAUUAAAUGGAGAAUGAUGUUCAAUGUUCAAAUGUGCACAGCAACUGGUGAUUUUAAUGAACUAUCGGGGACACUAGCCAUUGUAAUUGGUUACCCAAUUUGAUCAUGCUGAAUAUGAAUUUAAAUCACGCUCAAAAAUUGAGUAAGUCUCUCUCUGCUUGUUAAUUUCAUUGUCAUCUGUUAAUUUUAUUUACUUACUUUCCUCUUAGAUACCACAGUAUUGUUUCUUUGUAGGCACUACAGUGCUAAAUUGUUAAUAUAAUUAUUUUUAGAGGAGGACCAAAAUUGUAUGAUAUUGUCAUAUGAUGUACAAAAUAACCUAGAUGUUCAUAGCAAGAUUGGUAUGUGCCAAAAAAAAAAAAUAACCCAUAGAAAAUGUUUUGUUCUCUGACAAUCAUUUCAUGUCCAAGGGGCUUGCAUUUGCUGUCAUAGUUGUUUUUUUUUGGUUCCCUUAUUACGCUCUUAUAUAUUUGAGUUCAGACGUGUGUGUAUGUAUUUAUUUCUGGUUGUUUUGUCAUGACUGGAGAAGUGAAAAUGAAGAAAAGUCAUUGUAUCCCUCUUUUCUUGUUGCUGAAGGAAUGAACGCCUAUCAGAAACAUGGGGGAGAUUCUGAAUCUCUGGUUUUGACGAGUUAGUGUGCCAAAAUAGAAAGAAACCCAUGAAAUAAACUGCUUUUUAUUUAUGGUGACAGAUAGUUGUAGCUAGUUUUAGAACAUAUUUGGCAUUGCAAUGUCCUGCAGUGUUUUCUUUUUUUCCCCCCCAGUUAAACCAUUUUAACCCAAUAUGCUGAAAGUGUUUGUUCAAAUUGACUAAAGUAAUGGAUGCGGCAGGCCUGGACAAGGACAUUGUCACACUGUUGAAUCUGUGGUUAUCACAUUAACCUCCUUUUCCCUCUGUUCUCUUUUUAAAAUCCCAUGUCCUAUAUUACAUGGUCCAAAAGUCACAUGUGCAUGAACAUUUGGUCAUGAAAUAAGGAAGGCAAGCUCUCAUGAAACAAAAAGAGAGAGAGAGUAAAAUAAUCAUGGAUAGUAUUAAAAAUGGACAUUAUUUUCUGCUGGUCAGUCCCUCCUACAUAUAUAAGAAAGUAUCUCAUUGAUUCUGGACAGGGAAAACGGAAACGGUGAGCAGGAGUUUAAUGUUAUGGUAUAUUCCCUGUUCUUUCUGAGAUCAUACUGAAAACUCAUUCCCUGUGGUCCACACACACGGUGACUGUGAGCCAUGAGUCAUUUACUGUAGAUAACUGUAGAUAGCUGCAGGAGGCAGAGGGUGAGUAUUGUUGAUUGAUUAUUGUUGCCUUGGUCCUUCCUGCGCACUGGGACUUUGAGAACUUGGCCUGAUGCUGUAUUUUCAAACUAGCACUUAAACUACGUGGGUCCAAGCCAUUCAUCGACCAGGCUUAGGUCUCUAGAGCUGAGAACACACAUCCAUUUCCAGACUAGUUUCAUUAGAUGAGCGGCUCAUGCUCAAAUCUGAAAUGGAAGCACUGUCAUUUUUCUGCUGCAUCAUCUCAUUUUUAAAGAAAAAAAACAAAACAAACAAAACAAAAACAGGAGUCUCUCUUUUUCUUAAAUCUACUAAAUGAGAUUUCCUUCAUGAUAAACACACAGUUUUCAGCUCGUGGUUUUAAAAUGUAAAGACUUGGGUUGCUAAGUUUUUUGGUUGACUAGAUGUAAUAAUUCAUGUCAUGGACUACUGUAUUAAGCACGCGCUGUGUAAAAAAAAAAAAAUAAAUAAAAGGAAUUGAAGGCAUUGAAGUAUUCCAUUUCGCCAACUUCAGAAAGUAUUCCGACAGAUGGUCGCUGAAAUUUAUUUCAGCAUAAUAGAACGUGGUUGCUGUCCCCCCCCCCCCCCCCCACUGUUACAGGAGGAGUUAAAAUAUACAUAUUGUUUCUUUUUGACUGUAUAGUAUUUUAAAGAAUGAAAAACAAUGGUGCAUUUGUCUGAAGAAGAAAAAAAAAUCAAUGAAAAAUAUGGGUUUAAAUGGAUGGUGCUUGUUUUGUUUGAAUCUGAGUUGUAUAUCGCCUCUGUUAUGUUUAUUGAAAACAAACAAAAAGAUAUUGUGCAUGACGUGUUUAGCAGUCAUAAUGAUGUCCAUUUGUGAAAUGUGUAUCGAUUCAAAAAAUCCGAAAAAAAAAAGAAAGAAAAAAAUUAUCCGUAGAUGCACUUAUUGUACAUGUGGUUAGGUUAGUAGGUUUGACUUCAAGUUUUUUUGACUGCCUUACCGGUGUUUGGGCAGUUGGCUCUGAAAGACAUAGUAAAGACUUGUGGGAGAAGACAAAAUGAAAAACAAUAAAGGAUUGUAGACUAAUGUUGAACAAUUCUAAAAUUGCAGUUCUUUUGAUGCUUGUGAUUAUUGAAGAUGUACUUUAGAGAAAUUUCAUUGAAAAAGAUAUGACUGAUGAUAAUUCUGUAGAAUAGCAAUGUAUACCAAAUGUAAUCUUUCCAAUGCUAUGAAGAAUUUAUACAUGAAAUUGAUAUGCAAUAAAACCUGUGUGCUUUUUAA